CUUUUCUAUAAUCAUGAACGAUCGAAGCGAAUGUUUUGAUGGAGUCUAGGGACUAACAUAGCUCAGUUUUGUGCUGUUUGAUCACACCUGAUGCACCAUCCGAUGUAGUAUUAUGUGCAGUAACAAAUCUGAGACAAAUUUAGUUUGACGAAGCAAGAAAGUGCCAGCUAGCUAAUAUCGUUUGCUGCCGCGGCCUAGCUAACGUUAGCUAGCGCUGGGAAGUUGGGACAAUCCGUUCAUGCAAUGAGCUUACCGUGAGGCACUCUUUUUAACAGCCCUACUCGUAAUUAUUGCAUUAUCUUUGCGGCUAUUAUUAUCUAAGAUUAUCGUACCUUUAAUUGAAGUAAGAUUUUCGAAAAGCGUGAGUACGGCAUCUUGAGACCAAAUUCAGGGAAAGUGGUUAUCCAUGUCCACGAGUUCUUGCAGAUUAAUCCUUUUUAAUAUCAGCAGCAAACAUGUCUUUAGUCGCCUAUGGCAGCAGUGAUGAUAGUGACUCUGAAGAAAACUCUGUCGCGCCGCAGAGCAAAGUCAGCACAGGAGGGCUCUUCUCACUCCUGCCUGCCCCUAAGAUGCCAGCAUCGGCAGGAGGAAACGUUGGGUCAAGAAAGGAGACAAAAGCGAACUGUUCAGCAGGGGACAACACGUCAAACGAUGACCCAGAUCCCCGGCCAUCUAAAGGAGUCUUAUUUUCUAGUCUGCCAAAGCCGAGGAAGCGAACAGAGCCUGUCAAGAUCACGGUACCACAGAUCCAGAGACGGGAUUCAGACUCCGAUGAUGAUGAUGAACCAGCAAAGAAGAAACUACAUCCUCAGGGUUCAGGCCUUUCCUCCCUUCUACCACAACCCAAAAACCUGACCAGGAAGGAGAUCGAUAGACCCCUGAUUCCUUACACACUCACCAAGCGCCAAGAAACCAAAGGGCCCAAGCCUGGAACGCCAGCUCAGGGUCUGCUCGGUUCUAGUGCGUCUCCCUCUGCAAUCAAAGCUGCGGCAAAGUCAGCCGCCCUGCAGCUGGCUAGACAAAUAGCCUCUGACGACCAGGAUAACGAGGAGGAAAUCACCCCACAGAACUACUUUUCUCUGGGUGAGAGCUCCCAGCCUCUCCCUUCAGUCAUCCCAAUCUUAGACCCUGAGCCAUCAGUCCCUGCAGAACCUCUUGCACCUGCACCCGCAACCGCACCCACACCCACACCAGCAGAUGCACCCGCACCUGUAGAUGCAGAUGAACUGGGUCAGUCAGAUGCCCCUCUCGACUUUGGAGGGAACCAUGAGGGACCUGCUGCAUGGGGAGGUCAAUAUCCUCAGUUUGAACAGCCCAUGGCAGGCCCAGAAGCUCUCCCUCAGGGAUAUUAUAAUGAGACAUACUACCAAGAUCCUGAUGCCGGAUCAGCAGAGACUGAAGAGCCUGGCAACUCUGCCAUGUUUGAUGAUGAAGCGUUCAUGCGGCUGCAAGGGAAACGGAAUAGGGGCAAAGAGGAGGUGAAGUUUCUGGAGAUCAAGGGGGACGACCAGCUCAGUGGCAACCAGCAGUGGAUGACCAAGAGCAUGACAGAAGAGAAGCAGGCCCGUCAGUCCUUCAGCAAGAAAAAAGGAGAACAGCCUACAGGACAACAGCGACGCAAGCAUCAGAUAACCUAUCUCAUUCACCAGGCAAAGGAACGUGAGCUGGAGCUGAAGAACAGUUGGGCAGAAAACAAGCUAACCCGCCGGCAGACACAGGCCAAAUAUGGUUUCUAAAUGUCGUACUGUGGACUAUUGGUGCCAUGUGGACACCAUGCAUCAGAAAGUAGAGUAGAGCUUUCCAGAUUUCCCUACACAAUGAGAGAAACUUGUUCGGGAAGAAACUAUACACACACUGUAAUACAGAUUUUCUCUCCUGCCCUCCUGUAUUUGUGUUGAAUUAUAAUCGGUAGUUUUUUUGGUCAACCGUUUCAUAAGGUGUAACUUCUGUAUGGAAAAUCCAGCCACAGACGAUUCCUUUUACAGUAAAUAUAGGCUCUAUACAUACAAAUAAACCUGUGGCAGAGUGACCCUCGAGUGGCCAUUAUAAAUGUUUUCCUUUGAAUGUGUAUGCAUAUUCAUACAGCGAACAUUAAUGUAUUAAUCCUUUAUUUGUUAUUAAUACAGAUGACUCUACAACAGGUUUGGUUCUCUGGCAAUUACACAACUGUUAGUAAAAUGUUGACGCAGAGAAAUGAACCGGAGUCUGUUAAAGCUGUGAGCCAAUACAUAUUUAUAUGUUGAAUCAACAACUUUGUAAUAUAAAAUAAAGGUGAUAUUGGAAUACAUAUGCUGCAGUUGCUCGUAAUCACUCAUUAAAUUAAGGAUGUAAAAGUUG